GAGCUGUCUGGAAGCUAUUUAUAUGAAAGCUUUCUUCUUGGAAAUGGGUCUGAUCAUUAUAGUUAUGAGCUUUUCAGCUUCGCAGGCAACUAAUAAUGCUCUAACUUUUGAACUCGUAAUCCGAUAUAGCGGUUACAUGAUAGCACAGUUACUACAUUUAUAUAUCGCAUGUUGGUUAGGACAACAAAUAAUUGAUCACAGUAGUUGUGUGUAUACGUCAAUUUAUAAGGGCGAAUGGUAUGAAUCGUCAUUUAAGUCCAGGAGACUCUUGAACAUGAUAAUGCUAAGAAGCACUACACCUUGUACAUUAACUGUUGGAAAAAUGAUGGUCCUUUCUCUUCCAACUUUUAGUGCGGUAAUACGCAUAUCCGCCUCAUAUUUCACCGUUUUGCAAUCAAUGCAGUGAUUUAAGUUUCUUAAAGUUCUUAUUUGAAGAAGCAGAAAAUUAGCACGACGUAAAGUACUAUGUUAUUUAAACAAUGCUUGAAACGUUGUUCACAUUUGUAUUGAAUUAAAAAUAAGAAUAUGAUACUCAGACGCACGAUUCACUUUUCUCUCUUGUAUCAAGACAAGUACAUUGUCGAGAAAACGAAGUUAGUUUUAUCGAUGAUUGAUUGGACGAGUGCAGAAUGUUUGUAAAAAGAACAU